UAAAGUAUAACCUCUUUUUCCCGUUGAUGCUUUCCUCGUGUUGUGUUGUUGAUGGAAAUACGUAUUGUAGAAUCUGAUUAGUGAAAGUAUAAUUUAAUACGUACGAUUAACAGAAUGGGCAAAGAAAAUGAAACGGAUGGUACGAAGAAAAGGAGGAAAUCUGUGAGCGGAAGCGGUGGAACGACAGUGAAAGAUGGAGACAUGUACAAGACAAUAAUUAGUUACGAAGAGAAGGAAGCUAUCGAAAGACUGCCUGAAGAUGAUUCCGAGUUCUUCCUGACGACUUGCGACAAUAUUCGAGCGGCAAUGAGCAAAAUAGCUAAAUUGAAGUCCAGUGGAGACCCAAACGUGAAAGAUGAAAUUCGUGAACUGCAAAUCCAGACGUCCUUGCAUUUUAUAGAAUUGAAGAAGCUAAAUCGUAUGGAAAAGUUCCGUACGAAAUUUGCACGCGAUUCACUUGUGACGGCAAAAAGUAGUGUAGACAGCAGGCAUCUGCAUUUACAGAACUUACUGUAUGAAGUCAUGCAUUUGAAAAAGGAGGUUAUCAAGUGUCUUCAAUUCAAAUCUAAGGAUGAGUUGAUAGCACUUGUUUCAGAAGAAGAAUUUUACAAAGAGGCUCCCGAAAGUAUUUCGCGACCUGAAACAACAAAGAAUAAUCCACAUCAACUAAGGCUGGCGCGUUUGGAGUGGGAACUGACACAAAGGAAGCAAUUGGCAGCAUUGUGUGAUGAACUAACAGAAAGUAAAAAAGCAGUGGCAGCCAGCAUUGAUGUAAAACAGACACGUUUGGAUAAUCUCGCACCACAGCUACGUGCCAUAUUAGAGGCAAGCAAAUCGUUGCAAGAGAGUCUCGGAUUGCCACUGGAUAAAAUUCGCCAGGAACAUCAAAAAGCAUCAUUACUUGCAUCGCCGCUUUAUGUCCUGUAUGCGAAAGCAUCCGCCUAUAGGGAUGCUUAUGAUGGUACACUACUAGUCAAAGUAGAAGGUGACGAGGAUGAAGCAAAACGUGCGAAUUGUCAAGAUGGUCUACAAGAAUCAGACUCAGAUACUGAGAACCAGGCGGAGAGUAUCGUGGAGGAAACGCCGGUACACAAGAAAAGACAUCACAGAUUAUCUCGUGAAGCCAGACAGGAGGAGAAAAGAUCUAAAUUGUUGCAGCGACACCCAUUGCAUGUUAAAAUUGUGAUCACGUUGAAAAGUGAGACGAAAUUGACUUUGUAUUUCUAUUACAUGAUAUAUUUAAAAGUAAUUACUGUGGAAUCGAAGCUUGAAACAGAAGAAUUAGGAGGUAUAAGUGCUGGGGACAUGCUGAUAUCCGAAUCGAUUCUCCGCGAGUUAUAUCCACGGGAUCUAGGAUUGGAUAGUCCAAAUCCUGCCAAUCAUUAUCAACUGUCGCGACAUAAUUUGGGUUCGUUCUCAUCGCUGGGACUAGGCAUUCCCUAUAAAUGGGCACAGAGAAUGGCUGGUUUGACUUUCGUCUUGCCGGAUACGCGCGAACAAAAGCCCACGAGCCAGGAACUAACUCAAGAUUGCGUCGAGAGUGUGUUGAAGGAAAUCAAGCGGCGCGUGAAAGCGAGAUUGGAGCUGUGUAAAGAGAUACGGCAACUCGAGUCCGGCAAUCUACCGAUCCUCGUCAGCACGACGGAUCCAAUGCCGCAGAAGAUCUCCACGUCCCUGCAUCGAUUCACGACCAUGACGUGGAAGAAUUACUCGAAUUACGUCUCCUCGCCUGCUUUCUAUCAGCGAGAACUACUGUCGUCCAUAGACAUUUUCUACGAGGCCGUGCUUCGCCGUGGAAGCAGUGAGCUCGUGGCGAGGAUCGCCAUCAAACCGGAUUAUCCGAAGAUAGCGCCGGUAUUCAGUGUGAGCAUCAGCCCCAUGGUCCCGGCAUCUGCCGAUAUCGUCCGAGACAUCGAGAGAGAAGUUAACGUGAUGUGGACGAAAUCGCCGACACUGAUCGCGCAGAUACAGCGACUGAGGGCGUGUUUCGACAUCUACUUGGAAACGGAGAGCAUGGCGCCAAAGGAGAAGAUAUUCUUCCAUCCGGUGAGAGGGAGAACUCGCGCUCGACCGUACAAAUACUUGCCGCUGGGAGGAGGCAUAUUUACUCACCGUUAGACAAUAAGUCAUUGGGUCGAUGCGAAAGUUCGUUUCGUCCUUUUUUUUAAUUAGCUCUUCGCUCAGAAAUUCCAGAAAAUCUUACAGCUGCCGAAGAGAUGGCAUCGGACAAAACGGCGUGUACCUCAUUGAUUUAUUGAUAAUGUUACACAUCAUUUUAACAAAACAACGGAACUUUUGCAUCAACCCAAUAUUUCUCGCAACAUCUGCUCCUGGUGUGAUCCCCCAGCGUCUCGUACAUACUUUAAUGAGACUGGACUACUACUCGUAAGAAAAAUGAUAAAAAUCGUCAUUUCACUUUAGGUAUCUAAGUACGUAUAUUUUGUCAAUAAUCUUAAUUGUCGUAUUUCCUGUUAG